AUGCAUAUGGUGGAGAUUUUCCUAUAAUUGCAUUAGAAAUAGGAAAGCCAACCCACAUCACUAUUCUCAGAAUACAGUUGUUUCCAAAUUGGAAUUCCCAUGGACCUUUGUGUGGCUUCUGGCGCAGGUGAGGUUGAAGAUGCAUCGUGCGUGUUCAAACAAGAGAUGAAUCUAACGGUGCUUAAAACCUCUCUGUUCUUCGCGGGCGAUGGUUUCACCGUAUACGAUUGCAAGGGUCAACUCGUCUUCAGAGUUGACUCUUACGGACCCGACACUCGCGACAGAGAUGAACUCGUUCUCAUGGACCCUAACGGACGUUGUCUCCUCACCGUUCGUCGAAAGAGGCCGAGUUUGCAUCAACGGUGGGAGGGGUUCAAGGGGGAGAGAAUGGACGGUGAUAAGCCCAUCUUCAGCGUGAAAAGAGCGUCGAUCAUAGGACGUUCGCGUGGGAGUUUGACGGUGGAGAUGUACGAGAACCCGGGUGAGGAGUACCAGAUCGAAGGGUGCUUCUCGCAGCGAUGCUGCACGGUUUUCAAUGCGAUGAAGGAGUCGGUGGCUGAGAUUCGUCGAAAAGUGGACCCCACCACCAGCGUUGUGCUUGGUAGGGAAGUGUUCUCGCUUUCUGUUAAGCCUGGUCUUGAUGCUGCCUUUGCCAUGGGGUUUGUGCUCGUGCUUGAUCAGAUCAACGGUGAGGAUUACGUUGAUAGUAAUGCCACCACGGAACCUGCCGUGCACCCUAGCACAGAAGAUUAAAACUUGAAAGGGAAUAGAGUGCAUUUACAGAUUUCAUCACACUGGCAUUGAGCAUUGAAGUAUGGUGAUGAGUGCUUUAUUUAAUUUAACUCACUAAUCUUUGAGCUUUGGAUUGUCCCUCACCAAGGGAACCUCUAGCCCUUCUUUUCUGCCUCAUGCUUGUCCUUGAAAGAAUAAGUUUUCAAUUUCCUAUGCCAUUCUGUAAAUUUUAUAUUCUGCUUUAAAAUAUAAGUUGAGCUUAUUUAUUUAUU